ACUUCUCUGCCAACCAAUAAUAAUGUAAUGAGAAAUAUCUUCUCUCUUUCAACCUUUUUCAGCUCCUUUUUAACUGAUCCAAGAAACAAAAAAACAUUUUUAUACUAAAACAAAUUAUCAUCUCCUCCACUCUCUGUUCUUCAAUGUCGAGCAUUAGACUACAGCCAAUAGUAGUAGUUCGUCACCAUCAUAAUCAUAAUCAAUGUCGUAGAGAAAAACCCAAGUUUAAUUUAGUUUCACCGAGGUUUUUAUCUUGUUUAAAUUGUACCAAAAAAACAAAUAAUAAGCUUAUUUUCUCUGGUGGAAGAAGUUUUUCUAGUUUCAAACAUUCUUCUUCUAGUAGACCUCAUCAUAAACUUGUUAAAGCUACUACUACUCCAGUUCAGACAGAUGUUUCACUGGAGUCUACUGAGAAUGUCUUGAUUUCAAAGACAUUUCCGUUGAAUUGGACUCAAAGGGUUGAAGGAAAGAUAUCAGUGAGAUUAGAUAAGAAAGAUGGUGAUGAGGCUGAAGAAAAAUGGGUGCUUACUGUGGGAUGUAAUCUUCCUGGGAAUUGGGUUCUACAUUGGGGUGUUUCUUAUACUCAUGACAUUGGAAGUGAAUGGGAUCAACCGCCACUUGAAAUGAGACCUCCUGGGUCUAUUCCUAUCAAGGAUUAUGCUAUAGAGACACCAUUGAUGGAAUCAUCGGCAGCUUUAGAAGGACAAUUGGCGCAACAAGAAGUGCAAAUUGAAUUUGACACUCCGAGUUCAAUUUCAGCUAUAAAUUUUGUUUUCAAGGAUGAGGAAACUGGAGUGUGGUGUCAGCACAGAGGGAGAGACUUUAAGGUUCCCCUUACCGGCAAAGCUCUCAAUGAUGCCAAUUCUAUAGGUGCUAAAAAGAGCAUUGGCAUAUUGCCAGUUCUCAAAGAGGGAUCGAGUCCAAAUGUUGAAGAGAAAACUGGCGAAGUUGAAGAACCUGCGCAGCAGAAUAUGCGCCUUGAGGCAUUCUAUGAAGAAUAUUCUAUCUUGAAAGAAUUUCCUGUUCAAAGUGCUAUAACAGUUUCUGUCACGAAAUCCCCUGACAGUGAGAAGAAUCUUGUUAAUUUUGAAACGAAUUUACCUGGAGAUGUUGUUGUUCAUUGGGGAGUAUGCAGAGACAGUGACAAAAAGUGGGAAAUUCCAGAAGCCCCGCAUCCAGCACAAACCACAACCUUUAAAAAUAAGGCAUUGCAGACUAUACUGCAGUUAAAAGAAGAUGGACGUGGAAGUUCCGGUGUAUUCCCAGUAGGUGAAGAACUCAUGGGGUUACUUUUUGUGCUCAAGUUGAGCAAUAAUACCUGGUUAAACGAUAUGGGUAAUGACUUCUAUAUUCCACUUGCAACCGAGACCAGCAUCCAUACUCAAACUCCUGCAGCCGAAACCGGAGGUGAGGGGAGUGUGGAUACUGAUGAAAUCAUCAAAGAAAUAAGGCAUUUGGUAACUGAUAUUUCCUCGGAAAAGAGAUGGCAAACGAAAUCCAAGGAAGCACAAGAAGUUAUUCUUCAAGAAAUUGAGAAGUUGGCUGCUGAGGCAUACGGUAUCUUCAGAAGCACAACUCCAGCAUUUGUAGAAGAAGUUGCUGAUGCUGAGGUGUUAGAGAAGACCCCAAUAAAAAUAACCUCUGGAACAGGUUCUGGAUUCGAAAUAGUGUGUCAGGGAUUUAACUGGGAAUCUAAUAAAUCAGGAAGAUGGUACAAGGAACUUCUGGAUAAAGCCAAUGAAUUAGCUUCAAUUGGUUUUACUGUAAUAUGGUUGCCACCACCUACUGAUUCCGUAUCUCCUGAGGGUUACAUGCCAAGAGACUUAUACAAUUUGAAUUCCAGAUAUGGAAGCAUGGAGGAAUUAAAGGUUCUUCUGAAGAAGUUCCAUGAAGUUGGCAUCAAAACUCUUGGUGACGCUGUUUUAAAUCAUCGUUGUGCUCAGAAGCAGAACCAAAAUGGUGUUUGGAAUAUUUUUGGUGGUAAGCUGAACUGGGAUGACCGAGCAGUUGUUGCAGAUGAUCCACAUUUUCAGGGUAGAGGAAAUAAGAGUAGUGGCGAUAGUUUCCAUGCUGCUCCAAACAUUGAUCAUUCACAAGAGUUUGUUAGGAAUGACUUGAAGGAGUGGCUCUGCUGGUUGAGGAAUGAAAUUGGGUACCAUGGAUGGAGACUUGACUUUGUUCGAGGAUUCUGGGGUGGUUAUGUCAAGGACUACAUGGAGGCAACUGAACCCUACUUUUCAGUUGGCGAGUAUUGGGAUUCUUUAAGUUACAGUUAUGGUGAAAUGGAUCACAAUCAAGAUGCACAUAGACAGAGGAUUAUUGAUUGGAUAAAUGCUACUAAUGGAACUUCUGGCGCAUUUGAUGUCACUACCAAAGGAAUACUUCAUGCUACUCUGGAAAGAUGUGAGUAUUGGAGAUUAUCCGAUUCAAAAGGAAAACCUCCUGGUGUUGUCGGGUGGUGGCCUUCACGUGCGGUUACUUUCAUAGAGAAUCAUGAUACAGGCUCCACUCAGGGUCAUUGGAGAUUCCCUGAAGGGAAAGAAAUGCAAGGUUAUGCAUACAUCCUGACACAUCCUGGAACUCCCUCAGUUUUCUACGACCAUAUAUUCUCUCAUAAGUCUGAAAUAGCAGGUCUUAUAUCAAUCAGAAACCGAAACAAGAUCAAUUGUCGGAGUACUAUUAACAUAACCAAGGCAGAAAGAGAUGUCUAUGCUGCCAUUAUAGAUGAGAAAGUAGCUAUGAAGAUUGGACCAGGACAUUACGAACCUCCAAAUGGAUCCGAGUGGAAAUCUGCUUUUGAAGGAAGAGACUAUAAGGUGUGGGAGAGAUCUUGAGAAAACACAACAUGAUUUAUCUGCAUUUUAUACGUAAUGUAUCAUAUUACACGAGGCGAACAUUGUGGCCAAAUGGGCAUGCCAUUGAGUGAGUUAAGAAAGUGGUUGGUUCCAACCCUGUUCUUUUUUUCUUUCUUUUCUCUAGUUAAAAUUUAUUUUGAAAGAAAUAAAUGUUUCAAACUGUAAAAAAACUAAUAAUAUAGCUGCCUAGAAUUUCUUAUUCGCUAGAUAACUUUGCAAAUUUUGAUUAUCA